AUGUCGAACAAGACCCCCAUCCGUCUCCCCCCUCUGCGCGUCCUCCGCGUUCGCAACGCCAAUCGAACCGAGGCAAACCCAUGCAUGGCAAUCAUGUCCUCAGUCCUAGCCUGUUGGGCAUCUGCAGGAUACAACACCUCUGGGUGCGCCACUGUCGAGCAGGCACUGCGCAGCUGCAUGGACGGCCCCAAGCCACCAUCGAAGCCCAAGAACGCCAUCAACUACCAUCUUUCUAGGAUGCACAAGAACAUCUCAGGGCCGCGGAAGAGGGAUUGA